GUGACAGCUGGCUGCUGAAGACCAAUCAGAGAGCUCGCAGAUGGAAGGCAGUGUGUUUGAGGCUGUGCAGACAGGAGGUGUCUGAAGAACCAUGUCAGCUCCUCCAGUGAUGUAAAGAAGGAUCCCCUUCGCUUUUAUUCGAUUUUUGUGCCUCCUAAACGAUUGCGAACAUGCAAACUGUAACUCAUUACUGCGGGAAGCUUUUUUUCACGAUCAUUGCGUUGGACUUAAGUGUGGAUUUGUUCUAAGUUUUCCGCGCUGCCCGACAGAACUCAUGAAACCCUCUUCAGAGCGACGGGUUUAUGGACUCGCGUAUUAGCUAAUGAUGUCUAUGGGUUUCAUGCCUGACAGUCUGAAUGCCUCAGAUCCCUCCAAAUCGGCCUUUCUAGAGUUUGGCCACGGACAUCCGGCGCACCAGCAGCACUCCUCCGGACUCUCUCACAUUUACCCCGUUCAUGGCUUGCAUGCUGCUGGGCAUCCGCAGCACGAAAGUCCUUUUCAUGGCAGCGCGUCCUAUGGCCGCUCUUUGGGCUACGCCUACCCCGGCGCGGUGAACACUCAUCCCCCGUCUGCGUACAUGCCCUACCAGCACAGCAAUCACAGCAACAGCAGCACUGUGGCCCACAGCAGAUUAGAACAGACAGACCGCGAGAAGUCCACGGUGAUUGAGAACCGGGACCUUCGUCUAAAUGGCAAAGGGAAGAAAAUCCGGAAGCCUCGGACAAUCUACUCCAGCCUGCAGCUGCAGGCUCUGCACCAGCGCUUCCAGCAGACCCAGUACCUGGCUUUACCCGAGCGCGCCGAUCUGGCGGCCAAACUGGGACUCACCCAGACUCAGGUGAAAAUAUGGUUCCAGAAUAAGCGCUCCAAGUAUAAAAAGAUCAUGAAGCAUGGCAGCGGAUCAGAGGGAGAACAUCUCCACAGCUCUAACUCCAUCUCCCCCUGCUCGCCAGGGUUGCCACAGCUUUGGGAGGUCUCCAUGGCGAACAAAGGAGCUCAAAUGCACCCAAACAAUUACAUGAACAGUUUUGGUCACUGGUAUCCAAACCACCACCACCCUCAUCAGGACGCGAUGCCCAGGCCUCAGAUGAUGUGAGUGGAUUGUUUUUGGUGUCUUGCAGGCCAGGUGCUCUGGCCGACGUGAAGCGCACUUCAGACUACACUGAACUUGUUUUCAAUGCCUCGUCUCAGAAACUGAAUUGUGUUUAAAUGUGUGUUUAGUAGAACUUCCAUGUAUUUCGUGUGCGGUUUGAAAUUCGACCAGGCAAUAAAUAUAUUUUUUAAAUUUGUUAUAAUGUCGCCGCGACUUUUGGUACACGACCGCACUGAAUUGUGGGCUUAUAGCGUGACUCUGGAUAAAGGCAUUUUUAAAGAAUA